AGGUUAAGAUAAUGUUGUAUUUUGGAAACCAACUACCAAUACUGGGAGGUAUCUGGACCCUCAUUAUUCCAUGUAGGCACCAGGCUAUGUGUUAUACAAAACUCAAGAGUACGCCAGAUUAGGGGAAUAGUGAGGUCCCCUUUGCUUGCUGCAUGAAAAUGCUCGAAGCAAAAUAAAUAAAGAGACCUUGCAUGGACCCAUUUCAAUACAUAAAGCAAACUAGAAUAACCAACUUUUUUGUUUUAUUGGCCUUUGUACUCACUUUCUUGCUAUGUUCUGCCUUUAUAUAUAGAACAAACCCACUUCUUCCGCGCCAACUUAAAAACACCACCUAAUCACUUCUCCCACUGUAUUCUCUCUUCUAUUCUUUUGUUCUGCUCAAGUGGGAGGGAGCUCCAUAAUCUUUUUGAUCCUCUUCUUCUCCAUUUCAACAUGGUCGUUUUGUGUCACUCUUCAUAUACUGCUUUGAACAUCCUCCCAAUUUGCUUGACUGAAAAGUUAUAGGAGAAAGAGAAGAACAGACAUGGUGUGUGGUAGUAGGGUUUUCAAAGUUCUGUUUGCAGCUCUUGUAUUUGUGGGUGUCAUUUGGCUAUUGACAGUUGGAAUCCUAGCAAACCGGGCAAGUAAAACAUCGACUUUAACGGUAAGAUCAACUGAAAUCUUCAAGUAUUGGAAACAGAUUGGAAGAGAAAAGCGUGCUGUUCAUUGGCAUUCCGAUCCUAAUUACGUGAGCAAGAGAAGAGUACCUAAUGGACCUGAUCCAAUUCACAACAGGAGAGUGGUGAAGACUGGACGACCGCCUGGUCGAGCCUGAGCGUGGAGAGCUGAGAAGCAUCAGAAAUUGUGUGGAGGGGCAAUGUGCAAAAGACUUGGAUUUUUUAUGAUCCUUCAAUCAUUAGGCAAUCCAAGUUUAAUCGUGUUGUCCAGAACACUGAUGCAAAAUGUUAUAUAUGAUUGGAUCCGAGUGCUUAUAAAUAUUUUGUAGUGAGAUUAUGUGCGAUUCAUUCAGUUACUAAUCAUUUGGAACCAUCCUAAGAUUUGUGUUGAUUAAUAAUCUGUGUGUGCCUGUGAGAGAGAGAGAGACAGAGACAGAGAGAAGAAGAAGAAGAAGAAGAAGAAGAAGUUGAUCAUUAAUCUCUCUUUAUUACUCUAAUUGUAGAGCAUUCUCCAAGAGCAGCAGCGUGGUUUACUUGGAUUGGCGAUUGCAUGAACCGUAAAGUUUUCGUGCUUACUGAAAGAAGCAGAGUUUUUCUGAUCAGACAAAAUACACGGGGGAACCUUGAGAAAGAUUGAGCUUUUGGAGGUAUCCCAAGAGCUGUUUUCUUGUCCCUACUUUGAAUAUUUUUAGAGAGAGAUUCGUGGAUAGGGAUUCCUUUGCACGGAGAAAAAUAUGAUCAAAUAGGACACCAUAAGAAAAAGGAACUACCCCUCCCCCAGAAAGGUUCUCCUCUAUGUAGUCCCAAUACAUGAUGAAAUCCGCUUGUAAAAUAUUUUUUUCUCAUUGCAGUUGGUUUGGUGUUGUUUUUUUUUUUUUUCUUGUAUUUGUUCUUUUUAUAUGGCUUGUGCUCCCCACCUAAGGCAAUUCCGAUCUUCUCUUUUUCUC